UCUCCGCCUUCCUCAGCCUCCGGCCGCAGAGCCCCUCGGUUUGCGGGACGGCAGUCCGGGAACAUGUUGGCCGCGGUCCGCCGGAGCGGAGCUGCGUGGACGCGGGCGCUGCUGCUGCAGCUGCUGCUGGCGGGGCCCGGGGGCUGCCUGAGCCGCCAGGAGCUCUUUCCCUUCGGCCCCGGGCAGGGGGACCUGGAGCUGGAGGCCGGGGACGACCGCGUCUCGCCAGCCCUGGAGCUGAGCACUGCGCUCCGCUUCUUCGACAAAUCCGACCUCAACUCGGUCUACAUUACCACAAAUGGCAUUAUUGCCAUGAGUGAGCCCCCAGCCAAAGAAUCCCAUCCUGGGCUUUUCCCACCGACCUUCGGAGCAGUCGCCCCUUUCCUGGCGGACUUGGACACGACAGAUGGCCUUGGGAAGGUUUACUAUCGGGAAGACUUAUCUACCUCUGUCACUCAGCUGGCAGCGGAGUGUGUCCAGAGAGGGUUCCCGGAAGUCUCUUUCAAGCCCAGUAGCGUGGUGGUUGUCACUUGGGAAUCCGUGGCUCCCUACCAAGGGCCCAGCAAGGACCCUGCCCAGGAAGGCAAGAGAAACACAUUCCAGGCUGUUCUGGCCUCCUCUGAUUCCAGCACCUACGCCAUUUUCCUUUAUCCUGAAGAUGGUCUGCAGUUCUAUACGACGUUCUCAAAGAAGGAUGAGAACCAAGUUCCUGCAGUGGUUGCUUUCAGCCAGGGUUUAGUAGGAUUAAUAUGGAAGAGUGACGGAGCUUAUAAUGUAUUUGCUAAUGACAGAGAAUCAAUUGGAAACUUGGCCAAGAGCAGCAACUCUGGGCAGCAGGGCGUCUGGGUGUUUGAGAUUGGGAGUCCAGCCACGGCCAGUGGCGUGGUGCCCUCGGACGUGAACCUGGGAUUGGACGACGGAGCAGAGUAUGAUGAUGAUUAUGACUCAGCGACACCUCUGAGCCUGGAGGACACGGGCACCACAUCCUUCCCCUAUGAGGCCCGGAGAAGGGGAGACACUGGCACAUACAACAUGCCCAGUGACCUCUCCCCCCGCCGCCUGGCUACUGAGAGACCCCCCGGACCUCCCACGGAGAGGACCAGAUCUUUCCAGCUGCCAGUGGAGAGGUUUCCCCAGCAGCAACCACAGGUCAUAGAUGUGGAUGAAGUUGAGGAAACAGGAGUUGUUUUCAGCUACAACACAGAUUCCCGCCAGACGUGUGCCAACAACAGACACCAGUGCUCCGUGCACGCCGAGUGCAGGGACUUUGCCACCGGCUUCUGUUGCAGCUGUGUUUCCGGCUACAUGGGGAACGGCCGGCAAUGUGUUGCAGAAGGUACCCCCCAGAGAGUUAACGGCAAGGUGAAAGGGAAGGUCUUUGUGGGGAACAGCCAAGUUCCCAUUGUCUUUGAGAACACCGACCUCCACUCUUACGUGGUAAUGAACCAUGGGCGCUCCUACACAGCUGUCAGCACCAUUCCUGAGACCAUCGGGUACUCUCUGCUUCCUCUGGCUCCUAUUGGAGGCAUCAUUGGAUGGAUGUUUGCCGUGGAGCAAGACGGAUUCAAGAAUGGGUUUAGCAUCACAGGGGGCGAAUUCACCCGCCAGGCUGAGGUGACCUUUGUGGGGCACCCGGACAAGUUGUUCAUUAAGCAGCAAUUCAGCGGUAUUGAUGAGCACGGACACCUGACCAUCGACACGGAGCUGGAGGGCCGAGUGCCGCAGAUCACCUUCGGCUCCUCGGUGUACAUCGAGCCCUACACGGAGCUCUACCACUACUCCCACCAGGUGAUCACAUCAUCCUCCACCCGGGAGUACACAGUGACGGAACCCGAGCGGGAUGGCACUGCCCCUUCUCACGUCCACACUUACCAGUGGCGCCAGACCAUCACCUUCCAGGAGUGCGUCCACGAUGACUCCCGGCCAGCCCUGCCCAGCACCCAGCAGCUCUCGGUGGACAGCGUGUUUGUCCUGUACAACCAGGAGGAGAGGAUCUUGCGCUAUGCUCUGAGCAACUCUGUUGGUCCUGUGAGGGACGGCUCCCCUGAUGCCCUUCAGAAUCCUUGCUACAUCGGCACCCACGGGUGUGACACCAAUGCAGCCUGUCGCCCCGGCCCCGGGACCCAGUUCACCUGCGAGUGCUCCAUCGGCUUCCGGGGAGACGGACAGACCUGCUACGGUACAGCCGUCCACUCUGGCUUGGUGGUGGUAGGCAGUGGGGUGGGGGUGCUGCAGAAACAGAUCCUGUACAGCAGAGGGGCGAGGAAGAGGCAGCGCCGGGAAAGUUGGGUUUCGGGGACCAGGUGUGGAGAGUGGCCUGAGACAGAGCCCUGGGGCGAAGCUGAGGUCAAGAGCCAGGCCGAUCGACCCCCUGCAGUGCAGGCUGAGAAGACUUUUCAGAGGUGGGAUCCAGGUGGGAGGAAACAGGAGGAGAGCCAGGGGUACCAUCCAGCGGGGAGCAGGGAUGAACCUGAAGAGAUGUCUGGAGGUCUGGGGUCCAGACAUAGUCCACCUCAGUGGACUACACUGCUUGGAAGGGCGCUGGGACUUCUCAGGGGACUCUUCCAAACAUUGAGUGUCAACCUUUUGUCUGAAGCUGUCGUGGACCAGCGCCCCAUCAACUACUGUGAGACUGGCCUUCAUGACUGUGACAUCUCUCAGCGGGCCCAGUGCAUCUAUUUGGGAGGCUCCUCCUACACCUGCUCCUGUCUGCCAGGCUUCUCUGGGGAUGGCAGAGCCUGCCAAGAUGUGGAUGAAUGCCAGCUAAGCCGAUGUCACCCUGAUGCCAUCUGCUACAACACUCCAGGGUCCUUCACAUGCCAGUGCAAACCUGGUUACCAGGGAGACGGCUUCCGUUGCAUGCCUGGAGAAGUGGAGAAAACCCGAUGCCAGCAUGAACGAGAACACAUCCUCGGGGCGGUGGACCCCCAGCGCCCCCGGCCUCCGGGACUGUUUGUUCCCGAGUGUGAUGAGCACGGACACUACGCGCCCACCCAGUGUCACGGAAGCACUGGCUACUGCUGGUGUGUGGACCGCGACGGCCGCGAGGUGGAGGGCACCAGAACCACGCCCGGGAUGAGGCCCCCGUGUCUGAGUACAGUGGCUCCCCUGGUUCACCAUAGACCCUCAGUCCCUACCGCCGUGAUACCCCUGCCACCUGGGACCCACCUACUCUUCGCCCAGACCGGGAAGAUAGAGCACCUCCCACUGGAGGGAAGCACCAUGACCAAGACGGAAGCCAAGGCGCUGCUUCAUGCCCCGGAUAAAGUCAUCAUCGGAUUGGCCUUCGACUGUGUGGACAAGAUGGUUUACUGGACGGACAUCAGUCAGCCUUCCAUUGGGAGAGCCAGUCUGCAUGGUGGAGAGCCAAGCACCAUCAUUCGACAAGAUCUUGGAAGCCCAGAAGGCAUUGCUCUUGACCAUCUUGGCCGCAACAUCUUCUGGACGGAUUCUCACCUGGAUCGGAUAGAAGUUGCAAAGCUGGAUGGGACCCAGCGCCGGGUGCUGUUUGAGACUGAUUUGGUGAAUCCCAGAGGCAUCGUAACGGAUUCCGUGAGAGGGAAUCUUUAUUGGACAGACUGGAACAGAGAUAGCCCCAAAAUUGAAACUUCCUACAUGGAUGGCACAAACCGGAGGAUCCUUGUGCAGGAUGACCUGGGUUUGCCCAAUGGGCUGACCUUUGAUGCCUACUCAUCUCAACUCUGCUGGGUGGAUGCAGGCACCCAUCAGGCCGAAUGCCUGAAGCCCGAUCAACCCAGCAGACGCAAGGUUCUUGAAGGGCUCCAGUAUCCUUUCGCCGUUACAAGCUUCGGGAAGAAUCUGUAUUACACAGACUGGAAGACGAAUUCCGUGGUCGCUGUGGAUCUUGCUAUUUCCAGAGAGACGGAUUCCUUCCAUCCCCACAAACAGACCCGGCUGUAUGGCAUCACCACCGCCCUGUCUCAGUGUCCCGAAGGUCACAACUACUGCUCAGUGAACAAUGGUGGCUGCACCCACCUCUGCUUGGCCACCCCAGGAAGCAGGACCUGCCGUUGCCCUGACAAUACCCUGGGCGUUGACUGUAUCGAGCGGAAAUGAAGACAAGAGUGCCUCGUUCCCUCUCUAAAGUAUUUCACAGCAACACCCUACUUGAAAGGGUCCAGACUGAAAACUGUCUGACCUGGUGGCUAAGUGGCCACCAGGUCCAGCGCCAACCCAGCCUGAGCCCCAGCAGCAUUGCCCUCACUGUUCCCCAAAACAUAUGCCCUGCACUUCUGGAAUGGGAAAGCCUCUACUCCUACGCAAAGACAGAAAACCUCCCUGACCCCAACCCUCAGACAAGCUUAUACAGCCCUGAGUGAGGAUUAUAUGCCCCAUCCUGGUGCUGGAAACUUUCCCCAACCUUGAUACCCCAGUGGUGAGCAGAACCUCCCCAGGCCUGAGCCGCCCCUUCCCUGUGGCCUUAUGAGCUCAGCCUCACUCUGAGAUACCCAUCAUCCCGUCAGCUGCUGAACACACCAGCCAGGAUUGUCUAGGCAAGGCUGUGAGCAAAGGAGGGAGUUAGCCCUCCCACACUUUCGUCUUGGUGCUCUGAUUUCCCUCUUUAUACUCCUGGCUUUUAACCCCUGAGUUCUGUACCACCUGCAUCCUGCCCAAGGCCCACAUUAUAGAGAGCAAGCCCUGCUUUUUGGUCAAAACCCACCCUGUCCGAAGGAUACAUGGCUAUUUGGUGGAUGAUACUGAGCAGCCUCUCCCAGAUAAGUUAUUGGCAUUUCAGCAGUAGUCUUUGGUAGUCAAAGGCUCAAAUCAAAGGAGUGUCCAGUCGUAGGAAUUUCAAUGUGUAGAGUCAGAUGUUUGAGGAUGGGGAUUCUAUUGAUGUGCCUUAAAUUAUACCAAAGAUUACCAGAGCACUUGAAUCCUAGCAUCUGGUCUCUGGGGCGGCACAGCCCCACUGCUGGCACCUGUGUCCAGCCUCCUAAUGGAGACCCAUCUGAGAUACAGGCUGGGGCUGGUACCAGUGAUGACACCCCCUAUAGUACCUCACCUCUGGCCUCCACCCAUGAGAUCCAAUCUACAAUCAGCCAUAAGCUUUCUUCUCCUUUUCUUCUCCCUCUAUCCAUGGCCCUUGCUGGCUGUAUUCUCAUGGCAAAAUCACAAUCCAGGAGGGCCAAACUGAAUAUUUAUACUAGUGAUCCAGACCAUUUAUUGCUCAUUGGUGUAAUUAAAAGGACCAUUGCCACAUUUCAUGUGUAUGUUUCUACAGUUUGUUUAGAAAACCUCUCCUGACUAUAUAUAGCUAGUGGGUUUUUUUGUUUGUUUGCUUGUUUUUUUUGUCAACUGCUUCCCAGAGUCCUAAAAUGAUAGAAAUUUUGGAUUGAAAGCUGAGAAUAAGGAAUUUGAGUCAGUAAAGAUUGGGGUAAGGGAGUAGAGAAGACUCAGAAGUAUCUCAAAGAGAUUGACCAAGAGCAGGAAUGGAAAGCCCAAGAGAAAGGGUGGAGGAGGGGAUUUAACAGUAGCAAUGAGAAAAACUCUUAAAUAACGCCAAAGAAAAAAAUGAUAUGUUCCUUGCCAGAGAACACUUAUACACUUGACAUGGAAGAAUAUACCUGUUUUUCUCCUUAAGGAAGAGACCCCUCUUCUUAUCUGCAAACCUCAGGACACUCAGCCCCUCCCACCCCCUUUUCUGCAGUACAUGAGACCUGAAUCAAGAGAGCCUUUCCUUGAAUAAUUGGAGUUUGUUUUGAGAGGCACAUAUAUC